AUGCACUACGCAGUCUACCUUGUGGCAUUGGCCACCAAGCUGGCCCUGGCCAUCCCCCAAGUCGAUUCGAGCCAAUUGAGCGGUCUUCCACCUUGUGCUAGAGAUGCAGCAGCUGCGGCAUUGGGCUCGUCUGGUUGCUCUCUGAGUGACACGACUUGCAUCUGCAAUUCGAAAGCAUUCCAGGAAGCCAUCACCACCACCAUCCUACAGUCCUGCUCUACGGGCGACGUCCAAGCUGCCGUGGCGUUUGGUCAGACCAUUUGCGGCAAAGGCCUGGGUGCCGACGCUCCGACGGCAAGCGACUCAUACAACGCCCCCACCGACGGCGCGGUUGUAGGUGGUGUUUCGACCACCACUGUGCCCACGACCGAGACGUCGACCACGAGCGUACCCGUGGACACUGCGAGUGCCACGAUCACGGCCUCAGUGUCGACUGUCCCCACCACCUGGACGACCAUGUGGAACACGUCCUGCACCACCACCACGGGAAUGGCACCUACCGCUCCUGGCUCGGCACCGGCAACGUACACUGGCGCUGCGGUGGAGGUGAAGUUUGGUCAGGGAGUCCUCGCCGCAGUGGUUGGUGUCGCCGGCGCCGUCGCUCUGUUUUGAGGUGGUGGUUGAUGCGUGGUCAGUCGUCUUGUAUGACGCGGUUCACUCUACGCGAGGAUACUAGUAAGGCACAUACAGACAGGCCUGAGACUUGGUGUGGUGCAAAGGGGGGG